CUCCGGUCAGUCAUAUCCACACCUCCUCCUACUUCAAUGAAAACAGAAAGAGAAUCAAACAGCUAGAAAAAGAUUUACAGAGAUACCCAAAGACUGACCCACGAUGACUAGGCCGCCUCCUCUCAUCUCCCUGCGCACCGCCGCCUUCCGCCGCACCCCCACCUCCGCCGCACUCUUCGCCAACACCACCUUCACACUCCCCGCAUCCACUACCUCCACGCCCACACAGAAAUGGGCAAUCCUCGGUCCCUCCAAGUCAACUUUCCUCUCGAUCCUGCGCGGCUCCCUCCUCGCCUCGCCGCCCAACUCGCGUAGCUACCCGUUCCUCUCCGCACACAAGAAAUGGCCACACAAUUCCAUCGAAUUGGUCUCCUUCGGCGGGGGGUCAACUCAGGGAAUGCUCCAUGGCGGCACCGGUGGGGACGGCUACAUCUCCGCGCGCUACGAGACGCUGCGUGAACAAUUUGACCAGACACUCUUUGAAUGGCUAGAAUCUAGCAUCGAGUCGCGACUGAACCCGUACGAAAGCGCGACGUCGCAGCGGCUGGCAGAGGAGGCGCAGGAGGCUGAAGAGAAUAAACAGUUACUGGAUCGGGUGAUGGUGGAGCUGCGCUUGGUGGAGCUAAAGGACCAGGCGGUUAUGACGCUGAGUAAUGGGCAGUCGAGGCGAGCGAGGAUCGCCCAGGCACUUUUGAAACGCCCAGAGCUACUCCUGGUUGAUGAGCCGUUUAUGGGGUUGGAUCCGAAGGGUCAUACACUUUUGUCGGAGUUGCUGGAUCGCGUUUCGACGCCAGCAGCGGGUGGAAGUGCCACGCCAGUGGCGUUGGGACUGAGGCCGCAGGAUCCGGUGCCGAAGUGGUCGACGCAUCUGGUGUAUGUGGAAGAUGACAAGGUGGUCUCUCUGGGCGAGAAGGAAAACGUCAUCUCGGAAGUCAAGAAUCAGGGCAAGAGAAUACUCCUAGAAGGCGACGAAGAUCGUGAAGGUCUUGGAGUGGUUGAAAAGGCAUGGGCAGGAAUAGGGAAACUCAAUCCAUCAUCUCCACCAGAGAAGAAACUCGCAGAACCUCUCGUCGAAAUGGAAGGCAUCAAGAUUGCCUACUACGACAACGUCAUCUUAUCCGAUUUCUCGUGGACGAUCCGACGCGGUGAGAAGUGGGGUCUCUUCGGACCGAACGGUUCCGGCAAGACAACAUUAACCUCACUCCUCACAUCGGAUCAUCCACUAACCUACUCCCUGCCUAUAAAGCACUUUUCCCGUCCGCGCCUUCCCGAACCUGGCCAACGCGGCAUCAGCGUCUUUGAGGUACAAUCCCGGAUUGGCCUAUCAUCACCAGAACUGCACUCCUUCUUCCCACGGCACCUAUCCCUCCGUCGCUGCGUUGAAUCCGGUUUCGCAGCCACAUUCCUCACAAUACCCGAGAUAUCACCCUCGCAGCGCGAGCACCUCACUGCCAUCCUCGCCGAGUUUCAAGAUCUAGUGGGAGACUGGGAUAUGCCAUUUGGCGACGCAGACAUGAGCACGCAGCGUUUGGCGCUAUUUCUGCGAGCUACGGCGCCGAAGCGGGAUCUGACGAUCUUCGAUGAGGCGUUCAGUGGCAUGCGGAAGGAGGUGCGGGAGCGGUGCUUUGGUCUCCUGCAGACCGAGCGCGGAUGGGAUGAGGGAAGGCAGGCUAUGGUCGUUGUAAGUCAUGUAUCUGAGGAGGUGCCCGAGGGCAUUGAUAGAUUCAUUAGGCUGGGCGAGAAAGGAGGGAAGGAGGGAGCGGUCUUUGGUGAAUUUUAAGGGAGGAGGGGACCAUGUAAUGUGAAUGUAUAGGGGUAUAAUUUGCGACGAUAAAAAGACCUCAGUCGAAU